AUGACUUUUGAGUGAGUAGGUGCUGAAGGAUUGCCAACGAUUGAAUUUAUUUUAUUGUGUGAUUGACCAUGUCAUUUUCGGAUUUGUACGCCAAAUAUAAUUGUACUUAUUGUCAGGAAGAAAUAAAUGGUAUUAGAGUAAGAUGUACAGAAUGCACAGAUUUUGAUAUUUGCCUGCAGUGUUUUUCUUUGGGUGCUGAAAUAGGAUCUCAUAAAAAUGACCACGCAUAUCAGUUUAUGGACUCUGGAGCAUUUGGAAUAUUCUUAGGUCGAAGUAGUUGGUCUGCAAAUGAGGAAGUAAGACUCUUAGAUGCAAUAGAGCAAUUUGGUUUUGGUAACUGGGAAGAUAUUGCCAAGCAUAUAGAAACUAAAACACCAGAAGAGGCCAAAGACGAGUAUAUAACUCGGUAUUUAGAAGGCAGUAUUGGACGAGCAACCUGGGGCAAUGUGGAGAGCACUAGCCGACCCACACUGCUCUGCGCAGAUAGAGAUGAGGGUCCGCUCGGGCCUAGUGCAGUAUCUCGACUGCCACCUCUGGCAGUGUCUGCCGAGGAGGCAACACAGCUUAGUUAUAUGCCCAAUAGAGAUGACUUUGAAAGGGAACAUGACCACGAGGCAGAACAGCUGAUAUCAACUCUAUCCAUCAGCCCUGAGGAUGAUGAGUUGGAUGUUGCCCUGAAGUUAUCUCAAGUGGAUCUAUACACGCGUCGUCUGCGCGAGCGCACGCGGCGGAAGCGGCUGGUGCGCGACUACCAGCUGCUCUCAGUAUUCUUCAACAACCAAAGAAACAGGCAGAAGCUGCUCUCCAAACUAGCCAAAGAGAAGAAAGAAUUCACCGAGCGCCUCCGCUGGACCGCCCAAUUCUACGGUCGCGCGGAACACGCGGCCGUGGUAGGCGGGCUGUGGCGCGAGCGCGAGUUGCGCGUGCGCCUGGCUGAGCUGCACCGCUACCGUCUCGCAGGGGUCACGCGCCUCGAAGAGUGCGCGCACUACGAGCAGCACGCCGCGCAACGCAAGCCGCACGCGCAGCACGACGUGAGAACACGACUCUAUGCUUUAUGCCCCAGCACACUCAUUCAGUUUUGGCAGUGGGUGCCCGGACAGCAGUCAGACAAGAGAAGCAACCCAGACCAGCACGCUGCUGCAAAGAAAAAGAGACGGAGAAAGGGGCUCAAGUUCCACCAGCCCAAAGUGCACACGGGACGGAAGUACCGCAUGUGGAUGCUGCAGAAAGAGCUCAUGCAGCGGCGGAUGCUCGAAGCGGCUGCUGACAACUAAUGAGAUACAGCUCUGCUCGGCAUUGAACCUGGCGCCCACCCAGUACGUGACCAUGAAGGGCGUCCUUUUACGGCGCCCGCCCACACACGACUCCGACCUCGACGUGGCCGUGCGCCACUACCUUCAGCGGGCCGGCUG